AUGUUCCCAAAUCUAACAAAACUCGACAGGUCGAGAUAUACAGGGCGCUAUGACAGCGACCGUCGCUCGAGGUCUCCGCCGCCUAUGCGGGAUCGAGACCGGUCGCCCUCGGACCGCUACAAUGACCGAGGCGGACAGUACAGUGACAACGAACGCCGCCGCCUGUCGGGCGAGACCCGAAACAACCAGCCCCCCUUCCAGUCCAACCGCGACAGCUUCCGCGAUGCGAACUCGCGGGACCCACCACGCGGGCCGAAGUCGCUAGGCGACCUCCCUGGCGCGCCCCGUGGCGGCGGUUUUGGGGGCGACUUUCGAGGACGCGGCCGUGGUGCUGGCCCAGGCCGUGGAUGGAUGCGCGAGGACAGCCGCGAUAAUAAAGGUCCGCGCGACCGGGACGACUUCCGGGACCGGCGUGACCCGCCGUUUCGAGACGACCGCAGUCGCGAACGCGAACGCGACCGCGACUGGCGAGAUCCCCCGUUUCGAGGACGAUGGAACUCGCCGCCUACCAUGGGUCGCGGCCCACGAUCACCACCAGGACGCGGAGAUCCGCCCGGUCGCGGCGACCCACCCGCGCGGGGUGACUCUCUUCGUGGCGACUCGCUUCGCGGUGAUUCUGUCCGUGACUCUGUCCGCGACAACGUGCGUGAUAACGUCCGUGACAACGUCCGUGGCGAUGCGCCUCUCCGCGCAGAGGGAAGCAACCGCGAUCCACGCGAUUUGCACACCCCGUUGCGCGACGCACGCGACAUUCUAAGCACACGCGACAUCCGCGAGAUUCCCCUCGGGGGGUUGUCCGAUACCUCUGACCGGCCCAUGGGAAGGCGAGGGUCACGCGACGGACCACUGUCGGCUGGCUCGUCGUCGUCUGACCCCGUCUUCAACUCAGCGCAGUCGUACCGUGGCUCCACGCCAGGUCGCGGUCGCCCAGCGCCUGGCAGAGGACGACCCCAGGGUGACUGGGAACAGCGCGGACGCGGUGGCCGCGCUGGGAGUAUCUACGAUGAUCGCGAUCGUUUCCCGCGCAGCCGGUCUCAGGAAGGCCGGUGGCCGCGCAACGACCGUGACGACCGCGACAGCUACCGCUACGGCCACGAUGACAACCAACGUGCCCGCGACCGCGACGACCGCGACUCGCGCGACUCGCGGGACAUGCGCGAUCGCGAUGGGCCGUGGCCAAAGCAGGACCGCAGCUCCCUGCCCCGCGAUACCAUCUCCCGCGAGCCUUUGCCGCGCGAUUCUGCUUCCCGCGACCCUCCCUCUCGUGAGCCGUCCGCUCGCGAACCUCCAAUCACGCGUGAUGCAGCACAACCACCGGCAUCACCACCACCCGUCGCCCCCUCGGCGCCUGCGUUUGGCUCGAUACCUGCGCGGCCGCCGUCCAUUGCUGAGGCGUCCACUGGAAAGCCAACAUCCGUGGCCACGCCCAAGACAGGAAGCGAUGAGAAGCAGGCAACCUCGUCUACGACGCAAACGUCGACAAUCGCUUCGUCUUCGGAUACGUCGUCAACCGUCCCGGCAAAGCCACCUCCGACGAGCGGUGCCCCAACCGGCCCGCGUCUACAGCAGCCGCUGCCACCCAAGCCCCAGCGCGCAUCAAGUGUGCAGUGGGUGAACCCGGGCAAGGAUGCAGCAGGUGCUGCGAAAUCUACCGGUGCUGAUUCUCCCAAACCCGGCCUCUCGCCAAGUGCAGUAGCGGACCAACCACAAGACAAAGACACUGCGUCGCCGUCGUCCAAGGUCGCCACAGAAAAGUCAAACAAGCGCCCGCGCUCUGACGAGAACAGUGCGGCGCUUUCUUCCGACACACCGAUGCUCGACGCCGACCAAAGCGAGCCUGGUGAAAUUGCCGACGGUACUCCGGCCUCACGUCCAGCUGCGGAGAAGACGGCACGUUCGCCUCUCCCGACUCCCUCCAAUAUAUCCGAUACCAAGAGGCCAACCGGAAUAUUUGCCCGGAACGCCGCUCUUGCACGAGACACUGCCGUCGCCAAAGCAUCACAGCCGAAACCAACCAGCCUGGGGUCUAACAAGCAGGAGAAGGAAAAGGAAACAGAGAGAGACGAAACUGUGACGGGCAAGACACCACAGUCGAACACGCAGCCGCAGCCAAGGCCGCCAAAGCCAUCCGAGACGAAGCCAUCCGAGUCCCCUAAGCCAGCCAACACGCCCAUCCUGGCCGAGAAGAGUAAGGAGAGCGUCAAAGCUGGUGCGCCAGCCGUCAAACCAGACGAGCCUGCAGCCAAGCCAGCGCAGCCGGCAGAAGUGAGCAAGGAUGCGCCGAAAGAGUUCGUCAAGGUACAGGAAAAGCAAGACAAGGAGAAGAAGGGAGAGAAAGAAACGGACAAGGCGCAGAACAAGGAUGGCCCUGUCAAGUCAUCUCCGCUGCCUACUGUUUUGGCCCCUGCCUCUUCUGCUGCUUCGGCUACGGCCCCGAAGGCGGAGCCCUCCAAAGUCGCGGUUGACCAAAACCCUGCGGUCGACGUCGACGCACUGAUGGUGUCUGUCCGCCGCGGGUCGCUUGCCUCGACAGCUCCCGAUCGCACGUCCGACUCCGACGAAGAAGACAUGAACGACUACUUUGACGUCGAGAUUGAGAAGCACGAGAUGCAGCUCAAGAAGCUCCGCGCUCAGGCUGAAGCUAUCCCCAAAGAGGGCGUCGCCCGUGCUGCCCUGCUAGAAUCGUUUUUGGUCAAGGAUAUGCUCGAAGCGAACAUUGGGCUGCUGGAUGUCGUUGGGGCGGUUCCGGAGGACACCCUCGCCGCCUGGCGGAAGGCUGACCAAGCGUCGAAGAAGAUUAAGGAGGAACCGGCAGUCUCAGCUCUUCCCACCGCCACCCUUGCCGGUGCCUCGCCGACGGCAGCAGGCAAACCCGCUUCCGAUUCAACUGCCGCAAAACCGCCAAAGGCGCCGGCGAUCGGCUCCGAAUCGGCUGCGGACAAGAUGGACGUCGACAAUGCUCCUGUGACCGCAUCGUCAAUGGCCGCCAGUAAACCUCCGAUUCUGUCUCCUACCGCCACCACAUCACCGACGGCGAGGGCCAAGUCACCAGUCAAGACAGAGAAAAAGCCCGCGGUCAACGCUGCGGAAAGCAGUGCCAGUGCCGUUCCCACACCUGUUCUGCCGACACAGAGCCCUAUCCCCGCAGCAUCAACCGAUGGCCUACCGACCAGCAACGGAGUGCAGCCCCAGCUGCAGUCGUCGACCGACUCGCCCCCGGGUCUCGAGCAAGCACGCCCAUCGAGCCCGUCACAGCCCGAGGAGGACGAGGACGCUACCGAUGUGGACGAAGUCGACCUGUCGUACCCCGACGUGGCGCGGUUUUAUAUGAAGACGCCGCCCCUGGAGGACCUGCCCGACUACAGCUGUUCGCCAUGGUACGAAAACCGGGCAGCCCUCGACGAAAACGACACGACGCCCGACAUGGACGACUUUGUGCUCAAGCAUAUGCGGCAGCUCGAUCUCGUCAAGACCGAAGAGCAACAGCAACAGAGGAAUCAAUACCACGACAACUAUGUCAAGUACCUGCAGUUUACAGAGUCGGACGACAUUGUUGCCGUCAAGAGCCGGGAUAAGUACAUGGGCAUUCACGGCAUGGCCGAGAUCCCCGCGCCGGCCACACCGCCCGCGGAACCCGCGCGGCCCGAAGGCCGUGGCACCGGACGACGCUUUGCCACGGAACGAGACCUCGAACGUGUGCUUCAGGCCUCAAUGCGCGAAGAAGACGAGCGUAAGGAGCGCGAGCUUCGCGCACAAAACGAGCGCUACGCCAGCAACAAGGAGGCGACGAUCCCCGGCAUGUACUGGACAGACGAGGAACGGAUGCAGGCGCUGUUUAUCGACCGGUCUGGCUUCCUGCCACCCGAGAAGAUGGUCACAUCCUGGCAAGUCUUGCCACCCGUCAUCAACUUUACGCCCGAGGAAGUGGAGCUGUUCGAGAAGGCGUACCUCGAGUUUCCGAAGCAGUGGGGCCGCAUUGCCGAGGCGGUGCCGAACCGAGACUUCCAUGCCUGCAUUCAGUACUAUUACACGGUGAAGAAGGAACUGAAUCUCAAGGAAAAACUCAAGCGCCAGCCCAAGCGACGCAAGAAGGGCACGCGCGGCAAGCAGCGGUCGAGUGCGCUGGUCUCGGAGCUCGGCAACCCCGACGAAAACGAGGACUCGACGGCCAACGAGACGGGCGAAAACGGCGAACGGCGUCGGCCGCGACGCGCGGCUGCGCCGACAUGGGGCUUCGAGACCGCGUCCGCAUCCGCUGCCGAGUCGGACAGCGCAACGCCUGCGGCCACACCCGGCCGUCGCCGUGGUGGCGCAGAUGGCACCGAGAAGCCCGACGGCCGCAGGAACCGGCGCCGCGCUCCCAAGGACAAGGACAAGGACAAGGAGGCCAAGGACGGCGUCAAGGAUGGCAAGGAUGGCAAAGACGCCAAGGACGCCAAAGACAGCCCAAAGGACAGCAAAGAGGGCAAAGAGGGCAAGGAGACCAAGGAGGCCAAGCAGCCCAAGACGCCGCAAAUCCUUGCACCCACACCGCCCGGCACGGCCGCCGGCUCGGGCAAGUCUGGACGCUCACGGUCCAACUCACGCGUCCAGGGCAGCCCACGGCCGCCAAGCGAGCAGAGCCAGCAGCCGCCGUCGCAGCUGCAGCAGUCGCUCAUGCCGCCGAAAGUACAGCAUCGCAAGGACGGCGCGCCGGCGACCAUCACGCCGAUCCCGGCACCCAAUGCGCCACCUGCCCCGAGAAUGUCGCACUACUACGACGGCCCACCGGGCACUCCCAACAGCGGCAUGCACCCUCCUCCUCUUGCAGCGGCGCAGCCGGGCACAACGCCAUUGGGCACUGCAGAUUCGAAGGCAGCCGGCGACGCGAGCAACGGCCGUCUCGGCUACGGCGCCAUGGUCGAAAAGGCCUUGACGCCGGCUGCGCAGAAUGGCGACAUGCUGGCACCUCCGUCUUUGCGGCCGGAGCAGCCGCCGCCGCCGCUGCAGAUUGGCCUCAGCAACUUUGACCCCAACGCGCAUACGAAGCCCUUCUACCGGCCCCCGAUCCCGCAGACAUCGAGCUACUGGAGCGUGUCCGAGUGCAACGACUUCCCGGCUCUUCUUCGGUCAUUUGGCACGGACUGGUAUGCGAUUUCGGUGCAUAUGCAGUCCAAGACGCCCGUCAUGGUCAAAAACUACUAUCUUCGGCAGAAGAACGAGAAGAAGGCAGAGUGGGAGGCGAUUGCCCACGAGGCCAACUUCAAGAAGCACCGAGGCGAAAAGAUGCCAUCGCCGCCGCCGCCGCCGCUUGUACCCCGGAAGAGAACCGACACGGGUGGUGUGUCGCGCAUUUACACCCCGCCCGGUUCCGCGGCUGGUAUUCCGGCCAGCAAGACGGGCGAUGCUGUCGAGGACGUCAAGGCAGAGGGCGGUGCCGGACCGUCGCAGUUUGGGCGUCUGAUCCCGGCUGUGCCCAUCGCACAGGCACCACCGCCAGCACCCCAUCUGCCGUCCCAGUCAGGCGGCGGCGCAACCCACCAACCCCCCACGACGUCUACUGUUGCAUCGGCAGCGGGUGGUGCCGCAGCACAGGUACCACCCCAGAUGGGUCAGCCAACACCGCCGUCCCACGGCAAACGCCAGCCGCAGCCAGCCGCGCCCGUAUCGGCGGUGCCUCUGCCCCAGCAGGCACAGGUGCCACCGCCCACUGUCGCGUACCAGCAGCACCAGCAGCACCAGCAGCACCAGCCGCACACACAGCACUCACCACAGUCCAUCCUCAUGCCGCAGGGUGCGACGGCAGGUAGCCAAGCCAUGUCACCGACGGCGCGGCCAAUAAGAGGCCCCACGUCGGUCGUUCCGCCACCGUACGGUGCAGCCUACCACGACAGGGAUGCCGUGAACGAACAGCAGAUGCGCGCAGGAUCUGUGGGACCGCCACCGCCAGGCCCGCAGCAGACGCCUGUCGGUGCUUCGUCUGGCAGUGGCGGUGUGCGUAUGGCCCCAAAGCAGCCGCCUCCGCCGCCACCUCCACCACCACCCUCGUCUGCAGCCGUUGCCGCCUCCUCAGCAGCAGCCUCGGAACCCCUCGGCCAGCCACGACCCACGACGUCCUGGGCCGAUCCGACAAGCGACGCGGUCGACGCGCGCCUCAACUCGCUUGCCCAGCGCCAGCGCCAACAGCAACAGCAGCAGCAGCAGCAAAUGCGGCCCGACGAUCCUGCGUCGUCUCGCCCGCCCGAGAGUUCUGUCUACGAUCCGUACGCGUCAUCCACGCCGGGCGGCCGUGCACCUCCUCAUUACCGCAGCAACGAACCCGGCCCGCCGCAGUCGAUGGGCGGCAGCCGUCCUGCUGACCCGAUGCGUGUUGCGCAUACGCCGCCGCAGCCGUACGGCCAGUCGCCAGCACCGAUUAUCCAGCAUCAGCAGCCAAGUCGCAGUCUGCUCACCGAGCCGGUGCACCCGCAAGUCAUGGGUGGCGGCGACCAGCGCCACGGCCGCCCGAUGCACAGCGGCAUGCACGAUGUGUACUCCAGCAGCGUGCCGCCGCCGGCGUCGACACCUACGCCCACGCCUGCCGCGGCGAGCCGGCCAGCCAAGACGUCGAGCCUGAUGGCCCUGUUGAACGAUGACCCGCCCGCACCUAAGAGGGUAAGCGAUGUAUCGUCCAGCGCGCCACAGUCGUCGACACCGCCGCCAUCCAUGGUGGGUCGCAACCCGCCACCGCCACCGCCAACCACGCACCACGACCCUAGCAAUCCUGUGUACUCUCCGUACGGCCGCAACCCGGCGCCGCCGCCGCCUCAGUCUCAGUCGUCCAUUCCUCCGCUGAAGCCGUACCCACCUGCCGCGCACAACUCUCCUCAGGUCCACAGCAUGGCUGGGCCAGGCGCGCGGUCCAGUGUCUUGUCGCCCGUCGAGUCUGCUACCGCCGCCGACCGCGACUACUACAGCCGACACCCGUACCAAUCGCAGCAGCCGCCUCCUCCGUCACAGAGCUAUCCGCAGCAGCCAUCGCAGCAGCCUGGUGGCUACGGCGUUGGAUACGGGUCGCAGCCCCCGCCGCCGCAUGCAGCCUCGCCUACACCGCAGUACCCUGGCCACCCUCCGCCGAGUCGCCGCGAUCCAGUGCCGCAAGGCAGAGACGGCGGCUGGUCGCAAGGUCCGCCGCCUGCACCCCACUCUCACCACUACGGAGCAGCCGGCGGCCCGUCCCAGGGUCCGCCUCCGGCGACGUCAUGGGGCGCGCAACAGCAGCAGUCACAACAGCAACCGCCGUCGCACCACCACCACCUCAGCAGUGGUGGUAUGCGGGACGAUCGUGGGUCCUACGCACCCCAGGACCCUCGGAUGCAGCCGCAACAGCAGCAGCAACAGCCGCCGCCGCCGCCGCAACACGCGCACUCCCACUCCCAUUCGCACUCGCACUCGCUGAGCGGUCGCUACCAGCCGUCCCCGGUGCCGCGGUCCGUUGAACCGGCGCCACCUCCGUCGCAACAACAGUCCCCUUACGGGCGGUACGGCGCCGGCCCACCAAGCGGCCCGGGCGGUCCGGGCGGCCCUGGCCAGCCACCGCCACCGUCGCGUGACCCGCGCGAUGCCGGUCGCUACACGCCUGUCGGCUAUGACAGCCGGGGUCCGCCGCCGCCACCACCCAACGACGGCCAAGGACCACCGCCGGGGCCGUACGACCCGCGCGACCCGCGCAACCGGCACCGGCCGCAGGACGACUACGGGCGGUACCGUUAA